UGUCAUCCUCCAUCUUUUCCAUCAAACCCCCAACGACUACUGGCUCCUGGCUACAGUCCUACUUCGUCUAUCUUCUCCUUCGCUCGUUCUCUUCUCUUUCUCUUCUUCUUCUCCCCCUUUUUUUUCCCUCCCUCUUUUUUCCAAACACUCAACCCCUGGCUUAGCCUCGUAUCCGAAUCCGAAUCCCUCCCAAGCACGCCGCACGAAGACAAGCAAUCCUAUACGAGGGAGGCCAUCAACAACAACAACACCACAGGCGGCGUCCAUCUCUUCUAUCGAACCUUUCCCUUCCUCCCUUCGUCUCCCCCUCCGUCGCCGUCAUGCUCUCCCGCCCGCAGACACGCCUGGUAGCCCUCCUGGCCCUCCUUACUGUCGCUCAAGCAACAUGGCCCGAAGGUCAACUCGCCGCUCGCCGGGAAAGCAGCGCGCCGACAGAUGACAACAGUCUCAUCCUCUCGCAGAUUGACACUUCAGUGUCAAGCGCGGCCCCCUCGUCGACAGCAGCAGACAGCAGCAGCAGUGCAGCUCCCUCGACUACCUCCUCGUCCGAGCCCUCCUCAACUUCUUCCUCCAGUGCCCCGAGCUCGACCGAAUCGGCAGCUCCAUCGUCCACUGUCGUCUCUUCCAGCUCGAUUGCUCCUCAAACAUCAUCCAGCUCCUCUGCCCCCGCCUCCUCGUCGGAAGCGUCGUCCUCGGCACCACCGACCUCUUCUUCCCCCCUCCCCACAUCCUCUUCCGCCUCCUCAUCCCACGCUCCUUCCUCUUCCGCCUCCCCAUCUCCCUCAUCGACCUUGAAAUCAUCCUCGGCCACUUCGACCAGCCACAGCCAAAGCAGCACCCAUACGACCUCGUCUUCGUUUACCCCAGUGACGACUCAGAGCGUGCAAGUUAUCACUACCUCGGUGGUUGUGACCAAGGGCGGUAGCAUAUACACGACUGCAUCAAAGGUUAGCUCCACAAGCACAUCUGUGAUAACCAACCCGGCCUCUCUUUCCAACAAUGGCUCGUCAUCAUCGAGCGGCAUGAGCUCGAAGACCAGGAACACCAUCAUUGGUGUCGUCGUAGGAGUUGGCGGAGCCAUCAUCCUCGCCGGUCUCUCGAUCGUCGCCUGGAGGAUAUGGGGACGCAAGAGGACCGAGGAUGAGAGUGAUGGGUUGAUGGGCUUCCGCAGAGGCAGCGGAGGACCUGAGAAGACGAACUCAGUCGGUGGAGGCUCCUCCCCGAACCCGUUCCAGAGCACGCUGGAGAAUUACCACAACCCCUCCAUGCAGGUCAAUGCCUCAUCAAACUUCUAAUUUGAAGCUGUCCCUGGAAGGAACACGGCGGAGUCAUCAUUGGGCUUGGGAUUUCUUUCGUUUGUUACUCAGCGUAUCACGACCGCGCUAUCACACUCUUUCAUCGUUACAGGUAGGGGGUGGAAGGAAUUGGCAUUAGAGAACUGGUGUUGUCUGUUUUUUUUUUUUUUAACUUCUCCUAUCUCUCCUAAACCCGUCGUCCUAGCCCAGUGUUGGCGCGAGGGGCCCGCAUUACUCGAUUGUAAUUUAGACAGCCCAAUUCCUCACCACCCACGGAUCUGGGCUCAACACUCACGCAUCAAAUGGAGUCAGCGUUCUUGUUGUUUCUACACGACCCAAGCGUCGCAUCCUAUUUGUUGACUUGACAUUUCAUGUCCCUGAAUCAUUACACGUGCUGGGU